AGGAGCAGACCGCAGUCUCCGGGAGGGCUUCGGCAGACCGUUAGGCUGUUCACAUCACCUUCAAACAUGGUAAAGGAAGGGACUGAGAUUGCUGAAGAGACCGAGCAAAUGAUAGAACAGAAGGAGCCGGACAAUCCCGUUUCUGCGGUUGUAGAUUCAAAAGAAAUGCGGGCUGUGCUGCUCACGGGCUUUGGUGGUCUAAACAAACUCAAAGUUACCAAGAAACCAAUGCCAGACCCUCAAGAAGGAGAAGUCAAAAUUCGCGUGAAAACAUGUGGACUGAACUUUCUGGAUUUAAUGGUGCGUCAAGGGAAUAUUGACAAUCCUCCAAAAACGCCUCUUGUGCCUGGAUUUGAGUGUUCUGGGAUUGUAGAGAGUGUUGGAGAAAACACCAAAGGCUUUGAGAUAGGUGACAGAGUGAUGGCUUUUGUGAACUACAAUGCUUGGGCAGAGGUGGUGUGCACACCGUUGGAUUUUGUGUAUAAGAUCCCAGACGACAUGACAUUCCCAGAGGCGGCUGCCUUCUCUAUGAACUUUGUGGCUGCCUACAUGAUGCUGUUUGAAGUGGCCAAUCUCCGGGAGGGGAUGUCUGUAUUAGUUCACUCAGCAGGAGGUGCGGUGGGUCAAGCAGUCGCUCAACUUUGUUCCACUGUCCCGAACGUCACUGUGUUUGGGACUGCCUCACCCUUCAAACACGAAGCCAUACAGCAUUCAGUCACUCAUCUGUUUGACAGAAACAUCGACUGCGUUCCAGAAGUUAAGAAGAUAUCUCCAGAUGGAGUAGAUAUUGUACUGGACUGUUUGUGUGGGGAGAACACAGGAAAAGGCCUAACUUUGCUCAAGCCCAUGGGAACGUACAUUCUGUAUGGUUGGUACAAACAGAUGGAAGAGCAUUUACAUAAUACUGAAAUUAAUUAA